AUGUUGAUCUGGACCACGUCGCCCCAGGACAUGGAAUCAAUCGCCGACAGCACCGACCCGUCAGCGGCGCCGUGGGAAGAUGCCCUGCCGCCGGGCUCGCUCGAGAGCCGGUCCGACCUCAUUCUCGUCAUCGGCAUCAUCAUGACCGUGCUCGCGACGGUGUUCUUCGCGCUGAGGGUGUAUGUGAGGGCGUUCAUGACGAGGAAGUGGGGGGCUGACGAUACCCUUCUCACCUUUGCGUUUUUUGCAGUGGUGUUACACAACUCCAUGCUCUGUGUUGCGACGAGAUUCGGCCUCGGCAAACACGUCUGGAUGAACUCGGUCAAAAACCUCCUAAAAGGCCAAAAGAUCGCCCUCUUCGUCGUGAUAGUCUACCAAGUCGCCUUCGUGACCAUCAAAAUCGCCUUCCUCCUGCAAUACCGCCGCGUCUUCCCCCUCCCGAAGGUCGAGCUCCUCUGCAACCUCGGCAUCGGCUUCCUCGCCCUCUUCGGCAUCUCUCUCCUCGUCUCCGCCGGCGUCACCUUCGACCUCGUCUACAAGUACGGCUCGCUCAACGCCCCGAUCAACAUCCUCGGCUGGUUCCUCGCCAACGCCGCGAUCCACCUCGUCACCGACAUCGCCAUCUUUAUCCUCCCCGUCCCGCUGCUGGGUCGGCUGCGGAUGAGGAAGACGCAGAAGCUCGCUCUAAUGGCCAGCUUCGGUCUCGGACUCUUAACAUGCGUCAUCUCCAUCAUCCGCAUCGCAACCCUCCCCGCCACCUUCGCCAACCUCGACCAGACGUACGAGGGCACCCCGCACAUGGUCUGGUCCAUCGUCGAGCUCUCCGUCGCCGUCAUCUGCCUCUGCAUCCCCACCCUCCGACCCCUCCUCUCCCACCCGGGCUCCCGGCUGUACCUCUCCCCCGGCGACAACACCAUCACCGGCAGCAGCGGGCCCUCCUUCAUCCACGUCGCCUCGAUCCCGCCGACCCAGCACUCCUCCGACGCCACCGCCCAGCCGCGCCUCCUCACCGACCGCGUCUCCUCCUCCAUCAGCUGCGAGUCCGACGUCGUCGUCAUCCGCAAGCCCGUCUCCAGCUUCUGGCAGCGCAGCCGGCAGCAGAGCGAGAACUCCAACUCCACCCUCGCCGCCGCCGGCGACGAGAUCGAGCCGGUGCCCGUGUCCGCGGUGGUCAUGCGCACGCCCACGAUCCCCGUGACCAUCGUCACGACGGCGUCAUCCACGGAGAUCGACAUGCCCGUGCUCGAGGUGAACGGGGUGGCGCGGCGGCAGAGCGAGGCGACGACGGUGAGCGCCGGGGGCACGGGGGCGCCGAGGAGGACGAGGAGUAUGAGGAGUAGCAUCCACAGCGACGGGAGCUCUGCGUUUGGGGGCGGGGGAGGGGGAGGGUUGAUGAGGGGGCUGGGUGUGAGGAGGCAUAUGAGCAUCGCGUUGACGGAGAGGGAUUCGGAUGAUGAUGUGUAUUAUUUCGGGGUCGGCGAUGACGAGGUGGACCGGGAGUGUCCGACGCCGUUGAGUCCGCCGCCGAAGAGUCGGCAGUCGUUGUCGGAGAGCCGGUGA